AUGGCCGCACAGGAACACCAUCAGCAGCAGCCGCCGGCGCUGCGGCGGCGGCGGUUCUGCUACUCGAACGUCGGCGUGCGCGUGUGGUGGUUUGACCAGCAGCUGCUGGCGGCGCUGCGCGGGGCAGGCGGCGGCGGCCGUGGCAGCUCGGAUGCGGCCGCGCCUGCGCCGCGGCAGGUGGUCGUGUUCGGAGCCGGUUUCGACACGCGCCCGUGGCGCCUUGACCUUCCGGAUGGCGUGUCCUGGUUUGAGAUCGAUCUGCCAGAGAUCAUCGACGCCAAGAGGCACCGCCUGACGGACCUCCAUGCAUCCCUGGGGCCCAAGCGCCCAGCUGGCGGCGGUGGCAACCCCGACGGCGGCGCGGUCGCGGCGCACUCGCGCCACCCGCUGCGCGCCGCGUCGUGGGCGGCCCUGAGCGCGGACCUCCAGCGGCCCGGCUGGGCGGCGGCACUGGUCGAUGCCGGGCUGGACCCGUCCCGGCCGACGGUGUGGGUCGCGGAGGGGUUGCUGAUGUACCUGACUCACCAGCAGUCGGCGGCGUUGCUUCACGAGGCGGCAGGCGAGUGGGCCGUGUCGCCGCCCGGCAGCCGCCUGGUCAUGCACAACAGCACCCAGGAGCUUCUUGACCUGCGGGACAGCCAUGGCGCCGGCUUCCAGUACGGCCCGUUUCCCCAUGACCUCGUCGCCACCUGGAAGAGCGGCUUCCCAACUGGUGACGCCGCGGCCGCGCUCGCCUCGCUGCUCGCAGCGACCGGCUGGGCGCAGAUGGGGGCCUGCCGCGGGCGGGCGGGGAUCGCUGCGGAGGCGUGCGCAGCGGGCUUCGGGGGUGGGGAGGGGUGGGGUGCGGAGGCGGUGGCAGAGCGGGUGGACUUUGAGGCGCAGCCUGAUGUCGGCCAAGACCGCUGGGCGGUUUUCUUCACCGCAGGCAAGUAG